GGUCUCUUGACGUCAUUACCAAGCGACCAUAAGCCUCAUUCAUGCUGCUGCUAGCCGCCAGCACGUUGAACUAACCAGCAGGGUCAUCAACAUGGACAUGCUUUAUGGUCCGUUGGGCCUGGGUGUAGCAGCAGGGCUGGGCUGUGGGCUCCUCAUUGGCUGGCACCUUCGUGCUCGCUUAGUUCCAACAUCCAAAACCUUGAUGGCAGCGAUGGGGAACGGCACUGGUGAAGCGAACGUGAUGGGAGAAGGAGGCGAGUUUAAGAUGGUGCUAGUGGUCCGAAACGACCUGAAGAUGGGUAAAGGUAAGGUGGCAGCCCAGUGCUCCCAUGCUGCUGUAUCUGCCUACAAACAGGUGCAACGCAGGAAGCCUGAGCUUCUCCAACAGUGGGAGUACUGCGGGCAGCCCAAAGUGGUGGUGAAGGCGCCAGAUGAGGACACCCUGAUUGAUCUGCUGGGUCACGCCAAAGAAAUGGGGCUCUGUGUCAGCCUGAUUCAGGACGCAGGAAGGACUCAAAUCGCCCCUGGGUCACGCACCGUGCUGGGUGUGGGCCCAGGCCCGGCUGAUCUCGUUGACAAAGUCACAGGACACUUGAAGCUCUACUAGAGUUCCAGCUUGCAUCUGUAGGACUUGCAAACAAUGUUCAUGUUGUUUAAACGAUUUGCAAUGAGUUUGUAUUUUUAUAAAACAACAAUUGACUCAAAUACACGUUGAGUAGCAGAUUUCUUUUGGGUACAGUUUUGAACAUGUGCCUAUUACCUUUGUUGGCUCAUGAAUAGCUGCAGUAACUGCUUGAUGUGUAUUAUUGUACUGUGCUACUUCUGUGACAGUGACAUCCCUUCUGCCAAGGCUUGUUCCUGAAGACAGAGGAAACGACAUGAAAAUGAUUGUUGAUCUGAUUGGAAUCCCAGCACAAUAACAUUUAAACAUUUUCAGGGCAGACAUUUUUGACUUGUCAUAAAUGAACAUCACCUUAACAUUGGCUUGGUACUCUAAAUAUAAUAAGUGUUGGAGAACUCAUUCCUAGCUGGCACGCAAACAGCAGUGCCUUACAAUUGAAUGGCAUUAUUUUGCAGUUGAGCUGCUAACGAUGUCCUAUCUAUAUUGUAGUUCCACUGGAUUCCUUUUUUUGUCUGUCUGAAGUAUAAACAUUUUUCCUGGUCUUGCAUGCUGCAUUUAAGCCUUUGUUUUGUUUUUGGCACAUUUGUUCCAAAUAUUCAUGAAGCUCACCUCCUUAAUUAAUAUUUAAACAGGGCUUCACAUGAGAAAUGUGGCACUUUAUAUUGAACAACAGGUCUAUGGUUUUAACUUUUGACUAAAAAUGUUUUUUAUUUAAAUGUAUGGAAGAUUAGCCCAAUAACCAUUAAAAUAAUAACAUAGGAAUAAGAACUAAUAUACAGCGGGUAUAAUAAGUAUUGAACGCGUCAGCAUUUUCCUCAGUAAAUAUAUUUCUAAAGGUGCUAUUGACAUGACAUUUUCAUCAGAUGUCGGUAACAACCCACGCAAUCCACACAUGCAAAGAAAUCAUAGCAUAGAUGUCCAUUACUUUAGUUAUGUGUAUUAAAAUGGAAUGACCCAGGGGAAACGCUUACUGAAAUGUAUUUAAUACUUUGUACAAAAGCCUUUGUUGGUAAUGACAGCUUCAAGACGCCUCCUGUAUGGAGAAACUAGUCGCAUGCAUUGGUCAGGUGUGAUUUUGGCCCAUUCUUCCACACAAACCGUCUUCAAGUCUUGAAGGUUCCGUGGGCCUCUUCUAUGAACUCUGAUCUUUAGUUCUUUCCAUAGAUUUUCUAUUGGAUUCGGUCCGAAUGUCCAAGUCCGGUGAUUGGCUGGGCCAUUCUAGCAGCUUUAUUUUCUUCCUCUGAAACCAAUCGAGUUUCCUUGGCUGUGUGUUUGGGAUCAUUGUGUUGUUGAAAAUGUCCACCCUCUUUACCCAUCAUGAGAUCUUUCUUGUGUGACACCUUGGUAAUGAGAGACCUUUUUAUAGGCCAUCAGUUGGGACUGAACCAGCUGAUAUUUAUUUCCACUGACAAGGGGCAGGAUUGCAUUCUAAGUACUGAUAGAUUUCAGCUGGUGUCUUGGCUUUCCAUGCCUUUUUGCACCUCCCUUUCUUCAUGUGUUCAAUACUUUUUCCCUGUGUGAUUCCAUUUUAAUUCACAUAAUUUAAGGACAUCGAAGGUGUGAUUUGUUUACAUGUGUGGAUUGCAUGGGUUGUUACCGACAUCUGAGCAACAUUUAAUUUCAAUAGCAUCUUUAGAAAUAUAUUUACUGAGAAAAAUUGUGACGUGUUCAAUACUUAUUUUACCCACUGUAUAUCUUCUCAUAUUGAUAGCAGGCCCCUUAAUUGAAUUGAAACUGUAAAGAUGAAUAAUUUGUGAUAACAGCUAACGUAUUGUGAUAAAACAUGCGUUUUACAACAUUGCAUUGCUCGAUUAAUCUAUAAAAAGAGGAAUUAAUGCCGCUUUAUAUCUGUUAACAUGCAUUUUGUCAUAUGUGCAUCUACUUAAAUCUUCUAAAGGUAACUUUACAUACUGAUCUUUUAGCGGUUUGAAGAUUAAUUAUAUAAAUGUGUUAAAUGAUUGGUAGUCACUUGCAUAAUUUUGGGAUAGUAGACAAAGUCAGUAACAGGUUAAACUGCUAAAUCUAAACCCAAGAAACUAAUGGAGUCAAAAACCCACUCCUGAACUGUGUUAUUGACGAAGUGGUUUUACGGUACUCUCACAUUAUCUCUGCGAUUUCUGUCUGACAUUCACUUCAGCAGAAUUUAGAAAGGAGUUUCCUCUUUCUGUGCAAUAUCCUGUCGGGCACUUUCACACUCCCACAGAGAGGUCUGCAAAGUCAGCCAAAGGAAGUGCUGAUACACUAUUUGGAAAUGGAGAAGCCAUUAUUCUAGGAUUCUGUAUUCAUUUUGGGCCUCAUUCACCAACCGUUAAGAUAUUUAAAAAACCCACGAGGCAGUUCUCACAGAUCUGACAUUCCCCAAUGCAUUUGUCAUUAGUUCUACAGAAUCUACACAUGCUGGAGCAAAACACUUGGUUUUUGUAUUUCUUUUUAUUCUACAACUGUAUAAUAUAGGAUUUGAAUAAGAAUGUUUCUAAUAAAGAUUUGUUUUAUUACUUAA